AUGCCUUAUGAUGAGGAAGCCCAUGAACAAUCAAGACUACUUGAUCCGCGGGUCACUGAGCUGAGCGGCAGGAGAAGCAGUUAUCGGGCUGAAGAUGCUUCUUCAAUCAUCUCUUCUCAUCUCUCGAAAGAGGAACUCGCAUUAGGUGGGACAGCUAUAGGUGAAAGGCUGCCAUACAAUGACUACACCACCAUCGAUUGGCUUCAUGAUCUUAUCAAAGACUCCUACCGGUUCCGCGAUCUUCAUUCCAAGAAAGGCUUCAUAAAUCGAACGUGGGCAGCAUGGGACGCUUGUCAAGGAUGGAUAGCAGCAGCAAUGAUAGGUGUAUUUACUGCAGCGGUAGCAUUUGCGGUUGACAUUAGUGAAGCCACUCUAAGCGAUUAUAAACUCGGACAUUGCUCCACAAACUUCCUCACUACACGCGAAGCAUGCUGUACGAAUAAGUCACCAUUUCCAAGUAUCAGUGGUGCCGUUGGCGAGAACUGUGAGGAUUGGGUUUGGUGGUCGGACACAUACUGGGUCAAGUUCGCUGUAUAUGUCGGGUCUGCCUUGAUAUAUGGAAUGAUUGCUGGUGGUGUGACGAUGACUACGAAAGCGAAUCUGCCUGCUGUAUCUCACCAGGAUUCUGUUGAGCGAUCCGAGGAAACAUCCCCAGUGGGUAAAGCUAUGUAUAUGGCUGCUGGUUCCGGAAUUCCUGAAAUCAAGACUAUCCUGUCAGGUUUUGUCAUUCCACAUUUUCUUGACUUGAAGGUGCUUGUCGUCAAAGCUGUUGGAUCAGCUUUUGCUGUAGCAACUGGAAUGUGUUUGGGAAAGGAAGGUCCAUUUGUACACAUUUCAACCUGCGCGGGAUAUCUUGUUGCUAGUCUUUUCCCCAAAUAUCGAGACAAUGGUCGAAAGAUGAGAGAGAUGCUAAGCGUGGCAUGUUCAGCCGGUCUUAGUGUUGCAUUUGGCGCACCAAUUGGCGGUGUUUUGUUCUCCUAUGAGGAAAUCAGCACGUACUUCCCUCGGAAAGUGCUUUGGAGGGCCUUUCUCUGCUCCCUCACGGCAGCGAUUGUCUUAAAAGCACUAAAUCCAACUGGAACCGGAAAGCUCGUGCUAUUCGAGACAAAUUACGGAGUCAACUAUGAACCGAUACACUAUCUUGUCUUCGUCUUCCUCGGAAUCGUAGGCGGGCUCUUUGGUGGUAUCUUCUGCAGAGCGAACUUUCUUUGGUCCAAAUCUUUUCGCAAAUACUCAAUCAUCAAAAACCACCCAGUCUUUGAGCUUUCAUUAGUCGUGCUUGUUACAGCUCUUCUUCAGUUCCCGAAUCCACUGACGCGGGAACCUGGAGAUAUAAUCCUGAAGAGUGUGUUAAUCGAUUGUCGACAACCCGAAGGCUCUUGGAUAUGUGCCCAGGAAGGUCAAGACUACAAGACCAAUUAUUACGGCUGGUUAUUGUACGGUACAUCCGUCAAGCUCAUUCUCACAAUCAUCACCUUUGGCUGUAAAGUCCCAUCAGGAAUUAUCAUCCCAGCUCUCGACGCCGGCGCCCUCUUCGGUCGUCUCGUAGGCCAAGCAAUCCCCGACAUUUCCCCCGGAAUUUUUGCCAUGGUUGGAGCAGCGGCCUUUCUCGCUGGCAUCUCCAGAAUGACCGUCUCCCUCGCCGUCAUCAUGUUCGAACUUACAGGCGAAGUAGAUUACAUCCCUCCAUUCAUGAUCGCCAUCUUGAUCGCAAAAUGGGUUGCCGAUGCUCUCAGCAGCGAAGGUGUUUACGAUCUCGCACAAACUGUUCUAGGUCAUCCAUUUUUAGACCCUGAUCACGCCCUACACAUUGUACGCAACGAGGGCUCACAGGUCGAAGAACUCAUCCCACCACCACAAACCAUGAACGAAAUAACCGUAGACCUCCCCGCCGACUUCAGAGUCCCCAAAUCCCUCCUCGCCACCAAACUCACACAACUCAAAGCACGCGGUCUCAUGGACGCAGGCGUUGUCCUCGUCCAGAACGGCAUGCUCCACGGCUAUCUCGCCGAAGCCGAAUUAGACUUCGUGCUCUCUGAACCCUGUGUACUUGAUGAAGGCGAAGAGAUGGUGGAUUUGCUACAGGGUCCGAUUGCGGCGUUUGUGGAUCGUACCCCCUUAACUGUGUGUGGGAAGGCGCCGAUGGAAGUUGCGGUGCAGAUGUUUGGGGCGCUGGGCCUGAGGUACUUGGUUGUUGUUGCUGAGGGGAGUGGGAGGGUCGAGGGGGUGGUUAUUAAGAAAAGGUUGGUUUGGUAUUUGGAGGGUUUGAAGGGUGAGUAG